AUGAAUAAUUGUGAAUUAACUCUUACGGUUGCAUGUCUAGACCAAGGACUGUGGCUGGGGGAGAGAGCUCAGGCAGCAAUAGUUGGAGCAAUAAUUGAAAAGCUUAGACAUUUCUUUCAGUUCAAGACAUCCACAAGUUUCCUAAGGUUCCAUACGAGCGAUGUCAAAUUUCUCAAUUGCAACAUGGUUCCUGUUGUAUAUCAAACGACUUCCUUUGAAAAACUUGCCAAGAUCUCAAAAAAGUUGGUUGAUCUCCAAUCAGGUCGUCUAAGAGAUCCGAUCCCGCUGACCCCCUUCUGA